AUGUCGACCGCGGAAUCGUACCUCGCACACGCGUGCUACGGGAAGGACAAGGUGCGCGUGUUGCGCGUCGUGCGCGAAGGCGCGUGGCACACCGUUGUGGAGUACUACGUCCAGGCGCUGCUGGAGGGCGACAUCGACGUGAGCUACACCGAGGCGGACAACCGCGUGGUCGUCGCCACAGACUCCAUCAAGAACAUCACCUACUACCUCGCGAAGACGUCGCCGCACGUCCUGCACCCGGAGCGCUUCGCGCUGCACCUCGGGACGCACCUCGUGUGCAAGUACGCGCACAUCCGGAAGGCGCACGUCGCGGUCGAGCGGCUGCGCUGGACGCGCAUACCCGUCCGCGGCCAGGCGCACCCGCACGCGUUCGUGCGCGACGGCGAGGAGCGGCGCGUCGCGAGCGUCGAGGUCGACGCGACGGCGGGGAAGGACAAGAUCGUCGCGACGGUCACGUCCGGGCUCACCGGGCUCCUCGUGCUGAAGUCGACGGGCUCGGCGUUCGAGAACUUUGUGCGGGACGAGUACACGACGCUCGGGGAGGUCGACGAUAGGAUAUUUAGUACGGCGGUGGACGUGUCGUACGUGUUCGCGCCGGUGCACGUCGUGCCCGGGGCGGAGGCGGGGCGCGCGGGGGUGAGCGUCGAGGAGGCGGAGGAGAAGGAGGCGGGCUCGGCGUGGGACGGGGAGCGCGUGGCGGAGGCGGUGCGCGGGGUGACGCUCGAGGUGUUUGCGCAGGACGAGAGCGCGAGCGUGCAGGCGACGCUGUACAAGAUGGCGGCGCGGAUCGUGGCGGAGAACGCGCGGGUGCAGAGCGUGACGUAUAAGCUGCCGAACAAGCACUACGUGCCCGUGGACAUGCGCUACAUCGGGCUGGACAACACGACGCCGGCGAACGCGGAGGUGUUCCUCCCGCUGGACACGCCGAGUGGGCUUAUUACUGCUACCAUUGCGCGCAAGUAG